AUGAGACAAGAACAAGAAGAGGCUGAGAAUAAAAAGCAAAGGCAAGAACAGGCGAACUUCUGGAAAGCCAUGCAGGCCCACGAACAAACCAAGAAGAAGUCCAUGGAGCCCUUCGUCACUGAGGAGGUCAUUCAGCAACCCAAGAAGAUGGACUUCAGCAUGUUCAAGAGUUCGAUUCAGCCUGUCAAGCAGCAAGUUCGGCACAAAUCACCUGAGAAGCCGAAAGAAGAAGAGAAGCCUGAGAUCGAGACCAAGAAGAUGGAUCCUACGGCUCAAGCAGCUGUUUCUGCUGUGCAGGGCUAUGGCUAUGGGGUUGAUACCAGUGCUUUGAGCGCUUUAUAUGGCUACAGCAUGGUUCCUGGCUUGAGUGCCCUUAGCAUGGUGCCUGGAUACUCUGGCUAUUCCUUCCCCUCCAUGGCUGGUCUCAGCAGCAUGGCUGCUCUCGGCGGCAAGACCGCGACCGCCUCAGCGACCGCCACGGCCGUCACUGCUCCCACCUCCGCAGCUGCCGCAGUGGCCGCCUCCGCGGCCGCCACAGCUGCAGCCCAAGCUGCGUCUCAAGCGCCGGCGGAGUCGAAAGCAGCAGCACCCGGGGCGGCGACCGUGGGCUCCGGGUCCAAGGAGACCUUGCUCAGUGUCUCGAAGCCGAAAUCCAGCAUGGCCAUCCGGAUCGGUAGCAUGGGUUCCGCGGCCACCCCUGCUCCCGCAGCAGCUCCUGCCGUUGGAACCGCGCUUGGAACGGCUCCAUGUGGCUCCCAGAGACCCACCACUCCGCCCAAGGCGCCACCUGGUCCGCCCCAAUCCUAUCAGUCUCGUCCAGAGUCUCAGUCUGCCUCUCAGAAGUGGGAUCAAUCUGGUCAUUCUCAGUGGGAUGGCUAUGCGCAGUGGGGCUGGGACAAGGGCUGGGAAAAGGGAUCGAAGGGUUGGGAGAAGGGGUGGGAAAAGGGUUGGGGCAAGGAUUCUUGGGGAAAAGGCAAGGGCUAUGGCUAUCCCAGUCAGUCUUGGGAUGCUCACGGCCGAGCUGAGUACUCCAAGCAGUCCAAAACUGAGGACAAGGGACCAAAGGUGGGACAACCGGCCUUCCCACAGCUGCAGCAGCAACAUCCAGAGGUGGAUCGUAAGCAGCGUGAUGAGCAAAAGCGCCAAAUGCAAUCCUUUGCGGGGCAGGCCAGGCGCCCGAAGUCGGAACAGGACAUCAGCCAUGGCUGGAUUGACUGGAAAUGGUGGGUGAUGUGCCGGAAACCCAUAGAGAUCAGGAUUUGA